AUGGAACUGAGCCAGAAGCAGGACAUUGCGGGAGUGGCUGUCCUUGAGACGACUGAUUCCUCCCCGCCCGUCGAACAAUCAAAUGCUGGGUUGAUCAAUGCCUCUGGCCACGUCCAGGAGCUCCAGCGCAACUUCUCGCUCCUGAGUCUCUGCGCCGUCGCCAUCACGACUGGAAAUACGUGGGUAGCCAUUGGUGGCGGUAUCGUAAUUGCAAUCUAUAAUGGAGGGCCUCCAGGUGUCAUUUACGAAUUCAUUACGGUGUCCGUCUUUUACUGGCUUGUUGCGAUGUCUAUUGCUGAGCUGGCUUCUUCCAUGCCAUCAUCUAGUGGAGUUUAUCACUGGGCAUCUAUAACUGCCGGGAAGUAUGGGCGUCCUUGUGGCUACUUUGCCGGAUGGUGGAAUUUCCUGGCCUGGGUCUUUGGAGCCGCGUCCAUCUCCUCCAUUCUAGCCAAUCAAACAGUUUCCAUGUACGCCCUCUUCCAUCCAGAGUUCGUCGCAAAAUCAUGGCACGUCUUCAUCAGCUAUGUCAUCUGCACAUGGCUGUGUUGUUUCGUCGUUCUGUUUGGGAACAAGGCGCUCCCAGCGGUUGGCAACCUCGGUGGCUUCCUCAUCAUUGCUGGCGUCCUCGUCGUCAUCGUCGUGUGCGCCGUGAUGCCAAAAGUCAACGGAGUGGGUUAUGCAUCAGAUGAUUUUGUUUGGAGAAAUUGGGAAAACCUCACUGGCUAUAAUCAGAAUGGGUUUGUCUUCGUGGCUGGUAUGCUCAACGGUGCUUUUGCGGUGGGUUCGCCAGACUGCGUUACCCAUCUCGCAGAGGAGAUUCCCAACCCGAGUCGCAAUAUCCCCAAGGCUAUGUUCGCUCAAUACUCCAUCGGAUUUGUCACAGCGUUGUUCUAUCUCAUUGCCAUCUUAUACUCCAUCCAAGACCUCGACGAAAUCUUCGAACUGACCUCCACCUUCCCGCUGGCCUACAUCUACCGUCAAGCGACAGGAAGCAACCCUGGAGCUGUUGGUCUUCUUGUCGUGACCUUCCUGCCCACCUUCAUUACCUGCAUUGGUUGCUAUAUUACUGCAGGACGAACCUUCUGGACGCUCUCUCGCGACCACGCCACCCCUUUCAGCCACGUCUUCGCGAAGGUCCACCCAACCUUCCACAACCCUUUCAACGCAACUGUCCUCUGCGGUAUCAUCUGCACAGUUAUGGGCUGCAUUUACGUGGGAUCUUCAAUUGCCUUCAAUGCCUUCGUCGGGUCAUACAUCAUCCUGUCGACUCUAUCAUUCCUUUGCGCCAUCCUACCACAUCUGCUCAGCCGCCGGCGGAACGUGACACCCGGCUGGUUCUGGAUGAAUGGGGCUUUUGGGUACAUUGUCAACACCAUCACCUGCCUAUACAUCAUUGUAUUCAUUGUGAUCUUCUGCAUCCCCUACGCGUCUCCGUUCACACUGGACGUCAUGAACUGGUCCUCGCUUAUCACGGGCGGGUUGACAUUAUUUGUCGCAUGCUGGUGGUUCUGGCGCCAGAGUGAGUACGUGGGCCCAAAGGCGGUGGCGUUGGAUGAGAAAGUGCUGGCGAAGGAUGCAGCAUAG